AAUAUAUGUGGUAAAGAAGUGGAUUUAAAGGUAGAUAGAAUCAAACAUAAAAGUGAAAGGGAUUAUGCAUCCUUCAUUAUAGGAGUCCCAGAGAGCCAAUAUGACUUAUUAUGCCAAUCAGAUAAAUGGCCACUAAAUAUCGAAUUUUGCGAGUGGGUGUGGUUUCGCAAGUCAAACAAUAAGCCCAGAAGUCAAUAAAAUGUCGGCCAUUGAGAUUCUUUAUCAGAAUGUAAGAGGACUUCGUACAAAAUUAGAGGACUUCUGUGUAAACGUGUCCUUAUCGGAGGCAGAUUUAUUUGCCAUAACAGAAACGGGUUGUAAUGAUUCAAUAAAAGAUGCCGAACUAGUGCCCCCGGGAUACAAAAUAAUUAGAUGUGAUCGCGCAGAUGGUCGAAAGCAGGGAGGCGCGUGUUUAGUGGCCAUACCGCGUUUCGAGCUGCGACGAGCGCCGAUCCUGAGUGACGUCAUCUUAGACAAUCAGGUGUUUGAACUAGUCGCUGCAAGUGUUUAUUUACGAGACAGAUUUUUAUUUUUAUGUUGUGUAAUUUAUAUUCCGCCGAAGAGUAGUGAGACUGAUUACAUGGUAAUGUUUAGGUUAAUAGAACAAUAUUGUAAUAGUUAUAGUGACGUAUUAGUUGUAGGUGAUUUCAACUUGUAUUCCGCUUCGGUGACGGUAAAUAAUUAUUUUGAGUACUUUAUAACGUAUUGUGGAUUCACUCAGAGCAACAAAGUAGAGAAUAACAUCGGUCGGAGUUUGGAUUUAGUGUUGAGUACGGGGGACAGUGACAGUGUGAGCGUAAGCGCGGCGACGCCGCUUGUGCGGCUCGACCCAGCGCAUCCCGCGCUUGGCGUGCGCGCGCAGCUCGCACGGCGGUCUGAGUCUGCGGCUGGCGGACCCCUCUCGCGCCCCGGUCCCGCGCCUUCAGCGAGCAUACCAACGGCACCAGUAAGAUGGAACUUUCAUAAGGCCAACUUUGCGCUCCGCAGUGUUCCCGGAGAGAUGGAAAGUCACUCGAGUCGUCCCGGUUCCGAAGGGGAGGGCGUCAAGUAGUAUUGAGGGGUACAGGCCCGUGGCAGUGCUGUCGACGCCUGCGAAAGUCUUGGAGUCAGCCAUACACAAGAGCCUGUACGAGCAGGUGAGUGGGCAGCUAGCGGACGAGCAGCACGGGUUCCGUGCAGCGCGUAGCACCACCUCCAACCUCCUUAAU